AUGUCUACAACUACCUUGUUAGCCGUCGUGUCUAUCAUCUUUACGAUCGCUCUCAAAGUCGUAUUCGACUACCGCCGUGGCCCACUUUCCUCCCUUCCUGGACCAUGGUACACUCGCCUUACGGGAAUUUCACUAUUCUACGCCCGAGCCGUCGGGACCAGCCGCACCCACCUCCGCGAUAUCCACAAUCGUUACGGCCCAGUAGUUAGAGUCGGGCCCAAGGAAGUUUCCAUCAAUAGUGUCGAUGGCUACUACAAGGUCCACGGCGUGGGAAGUCGCUGCAUCAAGGCGCCCGUCUUCGACAGUAUCCGUUUCAGUCACUCGCCGAUGUUAUUCACAAUGCGAGAUACUCGACUUCACGCGCAACGGAAACGCAUUCUCGGUCGUGGUUUCACAGCUAUGAGGGAGGAACAGGAGAUAAAGAUUCAUCGACUGGCUAGACUUGCCGUGUCGAGUAUCAAGAAAGAAGCCAAGGAGGGACGCUCUGAUGUGUACAAGUGGUGGCGUUGCUUAGCAGUGGACGUCAUCAGCGAAAUGGCUCUGGGAAAGCCAUUCCAGUUGCUUCAGACAGGUGGACAAAACCUUCCCGUUUACAAGGCAUUGGGAAACGCGGGCCCAAGUGUCAUUCUACAAGUGAUAUUGCCCAAUUGGCUUCUGUCACUAACAAAGUGGUCGCCCAUCGCCUGGCUGCGGGAUGUAGGCCAGGUCACCGAGAUCAUCUUCAGCCGUGUCACCUCUGCCCUAAGAGAGGUCAAGCUAUCGCCAACAACAUGCGGGCCUAGUAUGGUUGGUCACAUAUUGAGUCAGGAUAAGACUAGCAAGAAGCCAGCUUUGAGUGAUGAUGAGUUAGGUUCUGAAGUGGCUAUGAUGUUGGUAGCAGGCUCCGAUAGCACAGCUGCCACCUUGACGUACGCCACCUGGGAGAUAAUCAGAGAUUCAGAACUAAGGAGAAGGAUCGAGGAGGAGGUGGCUACUCUGGGUUCUGACUUUACAACCCAAGAUGUUGAGUCUCUGCCGCUUUUAAGUAGUGUCUUGGAAGAAGCUUUGAGGAUGUAUAAUCCUGCGGGAGCACUUGCCGAGAGACUGGUACCCCCUGGUGGUAUUUCCGUUCACGGAUGGGACAUUCCAGGUGGCACUAUGGUAUACACCACAGGCUGGCUUAUUUCCCGUUUGGAAGACAUCUUCCCUUCUCCUGAUACGUAG